AUGUCAACGGCAGAGAAGACCGACGAGACUGUCAUGGACUCUCCUCCUUCUGAUGACAAGGAGGAGGUACCGGAGGAAGCUCAGCCCGAAGGGGAAAGCAAGGCCUAUACUGAUGACGGCAAGGCGGCGGCUAGCAUCGAGAAGGCCGCUGAGAAGCCAGUCCCGGUACUCAAGGAGUUGCCUCUGAGGCAGUGGCUCGAUGAGACACUGGUGCCGGUGUUGGUCCCGGCGUUGGACGCUGUGGCACGGGAGAGGCCCGAGGACCCUGUGGGGUUCGUGGCUGAAUAUUUACUAAAGCACAACCCUAAGGACGCCCAGACGGAAGAGGAGGAGGGAGGCGAGGAGGAGGAGGAGGACGGUCCGAAAGAGGAUUGA